AUGUCCCACCGCCCGCCGGCGCCAAUGCCGGACACCCUCUCCGACGCCUUCGCCGCCGCCGUGCUCCUCUCCUCCACCGACAAGCCCGACACGCUCCCGCCGGGCCGCCUCUCGCCCGUCUCCCCGCUCCCGUACUCCUCCUCCAAGCACCCCACCCCGAGCUCCUCCUCGGGCUCCUCCGGCUCCGUCUCCCGCGCCCCGCCCGCCCAUGCCUCCGGCCUCGCCUCGCGGAGGAGCCACUCCGGCGAGAUCCCGCUCCCCUCCGACGCGCCCCCGCGCGGGGCCGCGCGCCCGGGCCACCGACGCACCGGCUCCGGCCCGCUCAUCUUCACCUCCGGCGCCAGCGCCUGCUCCAGCUCCGCCACCUCGCCGCUCACCAACGCGCUCCCGGCGGGGAACAUCUGCCCCUCCGGCCGCAUCGCCAAGCCGCUCCCCUCCUGCUCCGCGGCCACCCCGCCGCCCCCGCCCCCGCCGCGGGCGUCCCGCCACGACGUGCUCGGCUCGGGCACCGCCAACUACGGCCACGGGAGCAUCGUCCGCUCGCGCAGCGGCGGCGCCGCGCCGGCAUCCGAGGACGACGCCAUGGUCAGGCGGGCCAUGGCGGCCGCCGACCCCGAGGAGGUCAAGAGGGCCGGCAACGAGCAGUACCGGAAGGGGUGCUUCGAGGAGGCCCUCAAGCUCUACGACCGCGCGCUCGCACUCUGCCCCGACAAUGCCGCGUGCAGGGGCAACCGCGCCGCCGCGCUCAUUGGGCUCCGCCGCCUCGGGGACGCCGUCAAGGAGUGCGAGGAGGCGCUCCGGAUUGAUCCGUCGUACGGCCGCGCGCACCACCGCCUCGCCUCCCUGCACAUAAGGCUAGGACACAUUGAAGACGCUCUGAAGCACCUAUCCCUUGCAGCCCCACAGCCUGACCUCCUAGAGUUGCACAAAUUGCAAACAGUGGAGAAGCACUUGGGGAGAUGUCUGGAUGCACGUAAGGCUGGGGACUGGAAAAGUGCCCUAAGAGAAAGUGAUGCCGCUAUUGCGGCUGGAGCUGAUUCCUCUGCUCUGCUCUUGGCUACUAGAGCAGAAGCCCUUCUGCGGCUCAACCUACUCGAUGAGGCUGAUCUGGCUAUCGCUAGUGCCUCCAAAUUGGAUUAUUCAUCUUCAUCCUCCUCAGACACUAAAUUUUGUGGGUUCCUCGCCAACGCUUACCUCUUCUAUGUACAUGCCCAAGUUGACAUGGCAUUGGGAAGGUUUGACCAUGCUGUCUCCUCCAUAGAUAAGGCAAGGAUAAUAGAUCCAGGAAACAGUGAAGUGGUAGCUAUGCAUAACAAAGUAAAAUCUGUGGCUAGAGCACGAUCUCUAGGGAACGAGCUCUUCAAUUCUGGAAAAUUUUCAGAAGCUUGCCUUGCUUAUGGUGAAGGGCUCAAACAACACCCUGUGAAUAAAGUCCUGUACUGUAAUAGAGCAGCUUGUAGGUUUAAGCUUGGGCAGUGGGAGAAGUCAAUUGAGGACUGCAAUGAAGCUCUCAAGAUUCAUCCCAAUUAUACCAAGGCUUUGCUCAGGCGGGCAGCAUCGUACGGCAAGAUGGAGCAAUGGGCAGAAUCUGUGAAGGAUUAUGAGGUUCUCAGAAAGGAACUUCCAAAUGAUACGGAGGUUGCUGAGGCCUAUUUCCACGCCCAGGUUGCUCUCAAGUCAUCUCGUGGUGAGGAGGUAUCCAACAUGAAGUUUGGAGGAGAGGUUGAAGCAAUUACAGGAAUGGAACAGUUCCAAAUGGCUACAUCUUUGCCAGGUGUUUCAGUCGUCCAUUUCAUGACACCUUCAAAUCAGCAGUGCUGCAAGAUUUCCCCAUUUGUGAACACACUGUGCACCAGAUACCCAUCUGUUAAUUUCCUCAAGGUCGAUGUGAACGAGAGCCCUGCUGUUGCACGUGCCGAAAACGUGAGGACAAUUCCAACAUUCAAAAUCUACAAAAAUGGUAUGAGAGUGAAAGAGAUGAUCUGCCCCAGCCAACAGCUGCUGGAAUACUCAGUGAGGCAUUAUGGGAUUUAGGCCAUGAAGCCGAUGAUUUGAUGUUUCCUUCUGCCUCCAGCUUACCUGGAGCAAGCGCAGGCUUAGCUGGAGCAGAGCCAGUGAAUACUGAAGUUCAUCUUGAUGAGCGCAAGCAUGAAAAAGCAAAGAGCAACUUUCCCCGACAUUUUCCACCCCACACCCCUUACAUUUCCACCCUUUUCUCCAUUUGUUGAUUACCUACUCAAUUUAUUCAUUUAAUCUGUCUCGUCCGUACAUCAUUGUUGCAAAAUUCCUUAGAACAAAAACACCAUCUCCUGAUUCAUGUGAAGAACGACUGUAAAUUUUUACUUCCAUGUUUACCAGACAACCAAGGAAAGAAAGGUAUAGAUUGCAUUUUGUACUCUCUAAAUUCAGUCAUGCAAUAUGGAAGUAUAGGGACCCAUUGUCUUUAACA